UCCAACGGAAAGCAGCUGACUGCCCAUGUGGAAAGAAUUUAUUCGACGUCACAGCUAUCAAAGUAAGGUAGCUCUUAAUCGAGAAGGCGCCCGAUUGAUAAUACGCCGUCUUCAGAAGACUGUUUUGCGCAUACUGCGAGAUCCCGAAUUCAGAAUGUCCAAGUCAUCAUUUCAGCAACAGCAGCAGCAACAACAACAACAAUCGGAACCCGAACCGCCGGUCGAUGGCACGCAAUAUAAUGCACAUAGAAGUACAAAGCAGGACAGCAAUUGUCGCACCUGCAACGAUUUCAAGUCAUGGUCCAAACAGCAGCGUCUCAUUUCUAGCGCCCAGACAGCAAAGGAGAAACACAUGAGCAACGAGAAGGUUAAUGUUGGUGCAGGUAUUGCGGCGCCCCGAGAAGAUUGCCCGCUUGAUAAGGUGCGUCUGGGCAUUUCCACCUGGGGUCUGUUGCACACUAUGGCUGCAUUCUACUCGGACAAUCCGACUGACACGGAGAAGCGGGAUAUGCGAACGUUUUUCGAGGUACUCUCACGUCUGUACCCAUGUGAGUACUGUGCCAAGGACUUCCGCACAGACAUCGAAGUGAAUCCUGUUAAUGUUAACUCGCAAAAGGAUCUGGCACUGUGGUUAUGCAAGUUCCACAAUCGAGUAAAUGAUAAGCUGGGAAAACCGCUGUUUGACUGCACCAAAGUGAAUGAAAGAUGGCGAGACGGCUGGCUUGAUGGUUCCUGUGAUUAGGUCUAUAAAUUAGACAACUACUCACGAUGCAACUCCGUGUACACUCCCCCCCUUUCAUUAUCUCCUCCCACCAAAUGAAUCAAGUUAAUCGAUAUGUUGGCAACAUUUGUAUCAUAUAAGAAUUGCCAACGAUGCCGAAUAUUCGGAAAAUGGGAAGGUCAGGCUCAUCGAAAACAUAAGCUGACCAGGCUUAAGAGUCCAGUUUCAUUUCUCAUGGACAACGAGCGCUAAAUGUUAACAUCUUGAUGAGCCCUCCCCCGCCUACCCUUCAAUAUUAUUAAGCGUGUUGUAAUUUCUCGUUGUUAUCGCAAAGUUAACAUUACAGUUUGGACGGCCCUUAAAACUGUAAGAGUUGUAUUGUGGGACAAAAUUACGUAUUUCCUCUAGGUAUUAUAACACUAACUACAAAAAAAUUCUGUUGUAUAACUUGUAUUUGGAAUUGGUACAAAUGAAAUGAAUGAAAACACACAUUUCA